GAACAGAGACUGGCUGUUCCGAUAAGCCGGGACACAGGGCUGGCUGUGUGUGUGUGUGUGUGUGUCUGGGACUUCCUGGGACCCUGGCUGGGGGUUGGGGACAUGAGAGGCGUCCUACUUGUGUGCAAGAUGAAGCUGCCCUGUGGCUUCAUCCUCCUGUGGCUUGGCCUCGUAGGCAGCUUGGCUCAGAGCGACCCCAGUCCCGAGGGAGAGGAGUCCUACUCGGACUGGGGCCUGAGGCACCUGCGGGGCAGCUUCGAGUCGGUCAACAGCUACGUGGAUUCCUUCAUGGAGCUCCUAGGAGGGAAGAAUGGAAUCUGUCAGUAUCGUUGCCGAUAUGGAAAGGCACCGAUGCCCAGACCCGGCUACAAACCUCAGGAACCCAAUGGUUGCGGUUCCUAUUUCCUGGGUAUCAAGGUACCAGGAAGUAUGGACUUGGGCAUCCCAGCCAUGACCAAGUGUUGCAACCAGCUGGAUGCCUGCUAUGACACCUGUGGUGCCAACAAAUACCGCUGUGAUGCAAAAUUCCGAUGGUGUCUCCACUCCAUCUGCUCCGACCUCAAGCGGAGCCUGGGCUUUGUCUCCAACGUGGAAGCAGCCUGUGAUUCCCUGGCUGACACUGUGUUCAACACAGUGUGGACCUUGGGCUGCCGACCCUUCAUGAACAGUCAGCGGGCAGCCUGCAUCUGUGCUGAGGAGGAGAAAGAAGAGCUGUGAAGACGGGGCGAUUCUUGUAGGCUUUCAGUCACACCAGAGCUCAGUUUCGGAGACGGCGGUGUGACAGCAGUGCCGCCGUCCUUUCUUCUUCCAACCCUUUGGAGACCGGGAGCUGGAGAAGGGAAGACAGCAGGCCUUGUCCUUUGAGGAAAGUUAAGCAGAAGACGCGCAGAGUCUGAAGUCUGUUUACUCAACGCUGGUCUCUCCAGCCAAGAAACACAAGCCUGGAAAUUCAGUUCUUAGUUGAGAGACAACCCGCUGAUCGUCAU